AGCCCCAGGCGACAGACAGGACUUCCUCCCCACAAGGGCUGGGCGGGGUGAGCGGGAAGGGGCCUGUCGUAGCCGAGGUGACACAUCCCUGCCUGGCCAGCCGAGCAGCCGCUGGGUCAACGGGCAACAGGAGCACGGGCUACCCUUCCCCGGGGCUUCAGGAUGGACUUGUGCCACCCAGACCCCACGGAGCUGAGCAGCGGGGAGGCCGAGGAGCUGCAGCGGAUCAAGUGGCACCGGAAGCAGCUUCUGGAGGACAUCCAGAAACUGAAAGACGAGAUUGCAGAUGUGUUCGCCCAAAUUGACUGCUUCGAGACAGCAGAGGAGAGCCGGAUGGCCCAGAAGGAGAAGGAGCUGUGUAUCGGGCGCAAGAAGUUCAACAUGGACCCUGUGAAGGGCAUCCAGUACCUCACUGAGCACAAGCUGCUGAGCCCCGACGUCCAGGACAUCGCCCAGUUCCUGUACAAGGGCGAGGGCCUCAACAAGACGGCCAUCGGCACCUACCUGGGGGAGAGGAGGUGGGGCAGCGAGCUCAAGUGCACCCCGCCCUCCCUCCGCCCCCUCCCCAGGGACCCCGUCAACCUGCAGGUGCUCCAGGCCUUUGUGGACUGCCACGAGUUCGCCAACCUCAACCUCGUCCAGGCCCUCAGGCAGUUCCUGUGGAGCUUCCGGCUGCCGGGUGAGGCCCAGAAGAUCGACCGGAUGAUGGAGACGUUUGCCACCCGAUAUUGCCUCUGCAACCCGGGAGUCUUCCAGUCCACAGACACCUGCUACGUCCUUUCCUUCUCCAUCAUCAUGCUCAACACCAGCCUGCACAACCCCAACGUGCGGGACAGGCCGCCCUUCGAGCGCUUCGUGUCCAUGAACCGCGGCAUCAACGGCGGCAGCGACCUCCCGGAGGAGCAGCUGCGGAACCUCUUUGACAGCAUCAAGAGCGAGCCCUUCUCCAUCCCUGAGGACGACGGCAACGACCUCACUCACACCUUCUUCAAGCCGGACCGCGAGGGCUGGCUGCUCAAGCUGGGGGGCCGCGUGAAGACGUGGAAACGGCGCUGGUUCAUCCUGACCGACAACUGCCUCUACUACUUCGAGUUCACCACUGACAAGGAGCCACGGGGAAUCAUCCCCCUCGAGAACCUCUCCGUGCAGAAGGUGGAGGACCCCAAGAAGCCAGUAGUUCUGUCUGGAGCUCUACAACCCCAGCUGCCGGGGCCAGAAGAUCAAGGCCUGCAAGACGGACGGCGACGGCAAGGUGGUGGAGGGCAAGCACGAGUCUUACCGGAUCUCGGCCUCCAGCGCUGAGGAGCGCGACCAGUGGAUCGAGGCCAUACAAGCCAGCAUCACCCGGGACCCCUUCUACGACCUGGUCUCUGCUCGGAAGAAGAAGAUAGCCAGCAAGCACUGAGCUGCCUGGAGGGGGUGCCGGGGGCCAGCGUCCUGGGAACGCCAUGGCCUGUGGUACCUGGACACCCACCUCCCACCCAGGGCGCCUUUUCCUGGCCCGCACGCAUCCUCCCCCUCCCACAUUUCGGGCUGACAGGAGGGGGAGGCAGGGCCCAGAAGGGUAGGCGGACCCCCCGAGGCCUCAGAACCGGCAGUGAGCCCCUGGCCCUCGGCACCCAGCUGCCGCCAGGAGAGGCCCCGGGUCCCCCACAGCUAGGGAUGAGGCAAGCGGCCGGAGGGAAGCCAGCCCUGAACCGGCACCCUGUCCUCUGGGCCUCGGUUUCCUGUUCUGUUAAAUGUCUCCUUGCACUCUGAAGUGCUGGCGGCCCUCAAAGCAGGGGGACGGCCAGGUCCCCGAGUGCUUCCUGCCCCAGCAAUGGCCACGCUCCUCCUUCUGCUCAGGGCCUUUCUCGGCCAGCCCCUCCCUGUCUUCAGCUGGGGCCUGGCCCUCCCUGCCCGAGGGACACACACACAGAGCUCAGGCCCGUGGACAGAACCGCUCGGAGGCGCCAGGAGCACCGGACUCGGAGUCCACACCCCGCAGUCUCCGACCCAGCUCCAUCUCCAACUUGCUGUGUGCCUUCUGCCGAGUCACACUCCUCUCUGGUGCUUAGAAAACUGCAGUGUUUGGAUAGAAAUGUCUGGGCCCCUUCUGGCUCUGCGGCCACUCGCCCCCCACCGGCAAAGGCAGGCACAGGCCCCCUGCAGUCCCAGCAGUGCGCGAGCUGGCCGCCUCCCUCCUCUCAGUAGAAGGACAGGAUCGUACGGGGUCUCCCUAAGGAGCUUCUGGCUGGAGAUGCACUUACUGAGCUGGAGGGGGCUCUGGACUGAAGGCGGCUGGGGAGCCGAGAGCAGAGUGGGCUCCACCCUCAAGGGUGUCCCUUUGGGAGGAGCAGCAGGUGGGACUCCUCAAGAAAAUGGCAGAGAGCAUCCUAGAUGGACGUACUCAAGCAGGACUAGUGGUACAACCAAAAAGCCAAGAAGAGAGCUUUAUGAGCUCUGGUUACCAGGAGGGCUGCCUGGAGGCAGGGGCCACACCAAUAAGUGACACACAAGCUUGUGGCAGAGUCUCAGCCCCAGGUUCCCUGCUAGGCCACUGGCCAGGGGUCCCGUGGAGGUGAGGGCUGCCCCAUCUGGGUCGCAGCAUCCUGAGACCCCCACAGCAGCACCGUCAAGAGCUGAGCCGACUUGUCAGCACACAGGCAGGCAGCUCGGUCCCCACAGAGGCCCCAGCCCGGAGAAGCAUUCCACCACCAGGCUUCUCAGAAGCGUCUCACCCCACACACAGGCCCUGGGGAGCCCCUGGAGGAAGUUCCCUGGCAGGAAAGCAAGAUGUGAGCUUGCCUUUGCCCCACUGCCAGCCUGAGGGGGCGGGCUGGAGCAGGGCGUGUUCCCCAGGGGAGGAGAGGUUGCCCCUCAUCCCCAGACACAUGUGCAUGCCUUCCACGGAGUCAGGAUAGAGCAGCCGCCUUGUGUGUGAGGGGUGAGAUCCCCAUCUCUGGAGGUGUGCAAGCGCCUGGUAAUGAUAUGGCGCAGAAGAGGGUCUGAGUGGGGCGCCUGCAGGAGGAGACAUUGCAGGACAUAUGAAGAUUUCUACAGACCGCAUGUCAGCCAGGGAGCUGAAUGCCACCUCUGCCGCCUCAUGUGGCCCCUGAAGGGGCAGCCAGGGGUCACGGAAGGAGCACUGGGCUGAGGGUCAUGAGGUCUGAGGUCCUCUCCUGCCGUUGGCAUAUGCUGGCUGUGUGAUCUUAGUCCACUCCCUUCCCCUCUCUGGUCCUCAGCUUCCUCCCCCAUCGUGGAGGGGGUGCAAUCAGUGACUCUCUGGGCAUGAGUGGCUCUUCUGGGAUCCUUUGGAAGAGAGAAUAAAGCUCAUAAUUCACCUCGUGA